CCGUGGCAUUUUCUUACGCAAUCGGGACUUUAUCCUCCCCCCUGCCAUACUCUUACGGGUCACAAAUUAAAAUUCGGCAGACAUAAACAGUUUUAAACCAUUCGUUCUAAGUUAUUCAGACUCUGUGAAAGUAGUUUGAAACCAGUAUAAUCCAAAUUAACACAUUCGUAACAAGCACAAUGUUGACCAGUACUCCAAAAAGACCAACGGUACAUUUAACUUUUCUUGAUAGAAAGUGUUCUAAUACGUUGAUGAUGGUUCCUGCGAUUUUUGGACUUGUCAGCUUUAGCCUGGCUUUAAUUGCCUCUUCAACAGGACUGCCUCAUUUUUGGCUGAAAUUCGCAAUCUUGUCUGGCACUUUUUUCAGUUUUCUCACUUUUGCAGUGUUCCUGAUUCUAAUGAUAAUAGAUGGAAUACGAACUGAAUGUUGUUGCUGUUUCUUGAAGGUUCUGAAAUGGUGCAAAAGAUUUAAAUUGCUUGGCUAUGAACGUGAAGAUUUAAAUACAUAUUCCAGUUAUAUGGAGAAGGACGAUAUUUAUUGGAAAGAUGUCGUUUAGUUCAGUUUUUAAUGAUAAUCAGACAUUGUCUUAGAUGCGGCGAAUAUAUUUUCGCUUUACAACAUUGUUAUUUUUAUAUUCUUAAUAAAUGUAAUAAACCUUUUUGAUUUUA